AAUCAAGUCAAAGCAACGGACAAUCGCCAAUAAUGGGGACGCACUGAACUAGCCAUGAACCAGUUGAAUGAGAGACUGGUUGGAUUGGGGACGACCAAGAUACGACGGAGUCUCGUGCUAUUCACUUGGAUAAAAAGCCAAAGAAAUCCAUGGCAACUCAGCAAGUUCCUUCUACCUUGUUGUUGUAGUCUCUCUUGAGUGUUUUGAAAGUACACACAGAGUUAGAGAUUGGGGUUGUCCUGACGGUUGUAGGUAGUGCCAUUCCAAAGUGGCUAUUAGUCGGCUAAUAAUAGCACCAUGUCACCAGGCAAAGAUAAUGAAAGGCGAGCAAGAGAACAUUCGCUGCCAAAGAUGGUUUCUACCAGGAAACGAGGGCCCACACUCAAGCAUUACCCUCGUCAACCGAACCAACCGCAUCUCCGUGUCGCGUUCCAAGUAGACGAGAAUCGAAACAUUGAGCCAUUGAUUGCCGUAGCCGCGGCUCCUUCCAUCAAUGCAGCAUCGGAAGAAAUUCGACGGGAUCUCUGGUGGAGCAAAAAGGAACUCAAGGAAAUCUGGAAGCGAGAAAAUGGAUUGUGCGACUUUUACCGGUCCAGCUUGGACGACUAUAGCGAACAGGUUCGACAAAUCUUUGCACGAUGUCGCAACAGCAGCAGUUGUACCAGUGCCACCGAACAAGACGCGCAUCUGCUGGCGGUCCGGUCUUCCAAUCGCGGUUUGGAGCAUCGUGUCGUCAAACACUUUCAUUUUCAUCGUCAAAAGGUACUCGAGGGCGUACUCGAUCAACAAACCAAAGUGGCCCACUUGCCGAGUCACACACAACAAAAGCAACAAAUGAUACGUUCCAAGUCCAUGUUCUUGUCGCAGCCAGCACAGCAAUUCGCUUUGGUCAUGGCCCACGCCGAUGCCAUUACGGCACAAUCGGUACUGGAAGAAGAAACCCACCGAGACAAGGUCACUCUCUUGGAGGCGUGUGGUCUUUCGGAAUCGUUCCGUCUCACGGAAAAUAUUGGCUGGGGCGAUACCAAAAACAUCAAGGCUUGCCAAUCUGACGUGACAGAAGAUUCCAUUCAGCCAGUGAAAGAUGAUAUGACCAACUGUGCUGCGAGCACUAGUGACACGGAACAAUCCUCCACGCAGAGCUCGGUCCAGUCCACAACGGACGACGACGACGACGACAAGUCGGGUACCCCCACGGAGCCCAACCGAGAGUUCUUUGCGUCGUCCAAAGACCACGAAGAAUACAAAGAGAUUGCGGCGGAAGCACAGGCUUUCUUGGAUCGAUACGAAGAGCUCAAGAAAAAGGUGGAAGGGUUCAAAAGUGCUGUCGUACAACCCCCCAACCAAUCAUCAGAAGACAGUAACCAUACAGAAUCCGUAGACACCAACUCAACCCACAAUGCAGAAGACGCGUACAGCUCUCAUUCAGAGCGGUCGGACAAUGGCAGUGUUGCUGUUGUGGAGGACAAGAAGUCAGUCCGCGGGAUGAAUGGUAGUCCUCAACAAUCUGCAACCAACAGCAAGAAACGGGACGUCCACUCCAUACCAUUACAGCAGACAAAGGACUCACUCAACCGUCGUGGCGAGAACUCGAAAGGUGAUCGUGACGUCAAAACUUCAGAAGCAAACUGCAGCAAAAGGACACACGAUACACGAACCGGUAGCUUCCGCGACAGGAAACCGGCAUCUGCGCUGGACCUGCGAGUGGUGCAAUCCAAGUCCACACUGAGUGGUAUGGAUGAAACGCCUAGUUUUUGCAAGAUACAAUCAGCGACCAGUUCUGGCAGGGAAUCUUUGGACGCAAUGUCUGUGGAGCAGGAAAGGAAAACAGAUUGUUCUCGUUCACAACAAUCAGCGACGGGCAGUGCAACAGGCUCAUCUGACGCCUCCUCGAUCCAGCAGAUGAAGGAGUCCAUCCAACGGUUGAAGGAAGCUCGCACUAUGCGUUCCUACCAGUCAGUGUCAUCGGAAACCAAGUCUUUCCAGAGUGUGAAGCGCACGACCAGCUCUCGUUCCAGGAAAUCAGUGUCAAGCAGCACUGGUAUGGAGUCCAAAGAAAGCAACUCCAUCCAGGGUGUCAAGUAUACACCUAGCCACCAGUCCAGGCGUUCAUCCGCUGAUUGUGACAUGACGUAUUCGAAUUCAUCUGAAAACGACUCCAUCCAAAAGGUCAAUCGCACACUUAGUGCUUGCACGGAAGGAUCCAGCUCUAUCCAGGGAGUGAAGUAUACACCAAGCUCUCGGUCCAAGCAAUCAACGGCUGGAAGUGACAUGGAAUACUCAUCAGAGAGCAACUCCACACAAAGGGUGAAGAGCACACGUUCUCGACAAUCUGUAACAGGUAUUGGUGCACUAUCCUCUGAAUCAGGAACCAACUCUAUCCAAGGGUUGAAGUAUAUGCCUAGCUCUCGGUCCAAGCAAUCUGGAGCUGGAAGCAACAUGGACUACUCGGCAGAAUCCAACUCCAUCCCGAGUGCAAGACAUGCACCAAGCUCUCGUUCGAGACGAUCUACCGGCGGCAUUGGCAUGGAGUAUUCAUCCGAAUCCGGUAGCAGCUCCCUGCAGAGGGUGAAACAAGCUCCUAGCGCUCGUUCUAGACAAUCCUUGGGUGGCAAUGAGUAUCCCUCGGAGCCUGGUUACACCAAGCGGGUAAAGCGCACACCGAGUGCUCGUUCGAGGAAAUCAGUGACAUUUGAUAUGGAACCAGCAGCAUCCCAAACCAAGCGCACCGAAAGGCCCAAACAUGCACCUACUAUUAGCCCGUCUUCUUCCCAACAAGCACUACUACCCUUUACCGACCUCGACAUGGACAUUUUGGAAGUAAGCUCGACCCUGACGAGCAUGACACCGUGCUAUAAUAAUCAUCUCAUUUCAUCCGAAGUGAUCCGCAUCAAGCCUUCCGAAGACGAUUCACUCCAAUGGAUGAAGGAGUCUUUGCAACGAAUGAAGACUCGCAAAAGCUCCCGUCGUCGUUGGACAACGAGUGAUCUAGUGUCGCCGUCGGCGGAACAACAAUCCGAUAAUAAUCAGCGCAUGAAGGAGACUCGUGCAUUCAUCCAGCACAUGAAGGCUACCCGCAACGAUCGUGCCGGAUUUGACUUGGAAUCCUUGGACGCAAACUCCACCAAGGUUCACAUCAACCAGGAUCUCCACUGCUGUUGAAUAAAUGAAUGAAUGAACUUACUUGUACUUGUUUGGUACUAUUAUUAUUGGUUUGUUUGGCAUUGUGUUUUUAUCUGUGGUGUUGUCUUGGCAAGAAAAGGGGCUCUGUAAACAUAGGAAUAACGAUACUAGUGUUUAGCUUGUUAUACUG